GUUUCCACAUAUCUCGCGACCUCUUCAGCCCCUCGGGUCUCGCGCGCCCCCUCAAAUCUCGCGCCCAUCGGGUCUCGCGCGCCCCACAAAUCUCGCGACCCCUCGACCGCGCUCGGGGUCCGCUUGCCCUGCACCCCGCGCGCACGUGUCCCUCGCAGUGCCAGCCGGCGGCGGCGGCGGCGGCGGCGGCGGCGGCGGAAGUGGCCGGCAAGCCGAGUCCCCGCUGGCACCAUGCUUCCCUUGUCCCUGCUGAAGACAGCUCAGAAUCAUCCCAUGCUGGUGGAGCUCAAGAAUGGAGAGACGUACAAUGGGCACCUGGUGAGCUGUGACAACUGGAUGAACAUCAACCUGCGGGAGGUGAUCUGCACGUCCAGGGAUGGGGACAAGUUCUGGCGGAUGCCUGAGUGCUACAUCCGAGGCAGCACCAUCAAGUACCUGCGCAUCCCCGACGAGAUCAUCGACAUGGUCAAGGAGGAGGUGGUGGCCAAGGGCCGUGGCCGCGGUGGCCUGCAGCAGCAGAAACAGCAGAAGGGCCGAGGCAUGGGGGGCACUGGGCGAGGUGUGUUCGGCGGCCGGGGCCGCGGCGGAAUCCCGGGCACAGGCAGAGGUCAGCCGGAAAAGAAGCCAGGCAGGCAGACAGGCAAACAGUGACCCACCCCUGUGUCCCCAGAGACUGAGCUGCCACUGAGCAUCUGUUUCCACCGUCUAGUUCACAAGUCUGUUCAGAACGAAAAGAAGAGGCAGGUGGUGGCGGAGAGUCCCCACCUGUGACUUGUGAGCAUCCUCUUUUCUGAAAAGCCCCUUCCCCUUUGUAUAGUCAGCAGUUCUACAGGUGGAAAUCUUUCUGUAUUUUUGGCUUUGUGAAGUCACGGCCACCGUGGUUCCUGGAAGAUUCUGUGUUUAAUGUGUCCUUAAAGCCCUUUCCCUUGUUUUAAGGGCAGGCAUUCUCCAAACAGCUUCGUUUUGCAUUUUAUGUUGGAUCCGUGUGUGACCAGUGAGGGAAGUUUUAUUUUAAGCUGUUUACACUGAGACUGACAGCCUUGGGAAUUUCCAGAAACAUGGACCCCAGAAUUGCCUUUUCAAAACAAAUAGGGAUGAAUGUGUUCCUCAGAAGCUGUUCCAGAGACAUCACUGGGCCCUGCCCCUUUACCCCCUUCUCUCUGUUACAAAAAUAAAAACAAAUAAAACCACAAAUUGCAAAUCUAUAAUUCCUCUUGAGCCAUUGGGAGUAUCUAGACUGUGGCAUCCUUGGGAAAUCACAGCCCCACGAGAGGGUUUGAGGGCUGCGACCUGUCGCGCCAAGGCCAAGUGUUUCUACAGGACACUGCUUCCGUGUCCCUUGAUGUCGGUCUGUUGUCUUGUGAAAGGUGAGGCCCACGUCAGGGCUGUCGGGGGUGGCCCUCUACCAGGUCUGUCUGUAACUCCUUGGGAUUGUUGAAGCUGUGGAGAGGCAGCGGAGGGAGGUGCCCAGUGGGAGCCUGCAUGCCUGGGUGACACCCACACAGCCCGGGCUGCCACCUAACCUUCCACUUUCCCUCCCGUUUUGUGGAGGAGGUGGGGGGAGGAGAGGGGCUGUGACAGGCAGUUAGUUGCCUCCAGGGAUGCGCCAGGAAGAUCGUCUGGAGGUCCUGCCCCCUCCAUCACCUGGCUGUGCCCUGGUGAUACGCCUGAGACACUGAGUCACAGCACUUUGGCAAUAUGUUUCCGUGACAUGCCUGGGGACCGACUUUCCAACUGAAGGGAACCGCAGGGAUGGCCCAGUGCUGGGAGGUAACACCUGGCCGAUGCCCCUGUGCUCUCUGUUCAGACCGGUUCUGAGGGAUGAUUAGAAAAAACUGCAUUGUUGCCCAGGAGACAGCUUGCAGGAUCCGCAAAGUGCCAGUGAGUGUUCUUACAGUUCUGCCACAUAGCAUUUCAGGUUUCUCAGCUGGAACUCCAGAAUGUGGUCCUCCCGACCCCCACGCCGUCACUGGGAACCCUCGUGGGAUCUGCUGCAGCCUGAAUCCUCCUUGUCUAAUGAAAAAGCUUUUAGGCACAGGUUGGGGGUGGGGGUGGGGUCCUGUAAAGCCUAGACUUCCAGAACCCUCAUCAGGAAUCUAGGCGAUGGUCCCGAGCAGGGGGUGGGGAGGGGCAGGGGGCGGGGCCAUUGUUGGCAGCCCCCUCCUCCACCCUCCCACGGUCCCUGCCCGGCGUGGUCUCCAUCCAUCUGGCAGGGCUUCGCUGAAAUCCGGGGUCAGGUGUCCAGCGCGGCUGCCCAAGAGGGAGCCCUACGGCGUGCCCGCCCCGCCCCUCCCUGCUCCUGGCCGUUUGGAUUCUCCUCCCCUUCCGAGCUCGCAAACCAGAAGGUGUUCAGACGGCCCAGGGUCGGGGCGCGCCCCGAGGCGGCGUGCGUAAUUGCGGCUUCCCGCGCACGCCAGCCGGCCCUGACCUUUCAGCCGGGCUGCCCGGCCCGCCGCCCGCCCGUGACGUGAGCCGCCUCCCUCUCGGUCACUGCCGCCUAGGUGCCGCGGCUUCCAGAAGCUUCCGUCCUCCCGAGCGGGCUUGUCGGGACAACCCCGUGUUUCAAUCUUCUUCCUGGCUGGUCAAGAAGCCACGCUCAGCCUCCUCAACAAGAAGAGAAACCAAAAGAAACGGCCUAGUUCCUAAACGCAGAGCCUGAUCUUUCUGCCGGGCUGACAGCCUGUGGGCCAGGUCCGAGCCAGGUCAGCUGACCAGUGCGUGACUCGGUCUGCAGGCCUCAGCUUCAAAUGUGUGACCUGGCAACAAGCAAGCCUGAUGUAUAAAAGCAGAGAAGAAAGCAAGGAUGAAGAAGAGGGAUGGGUGGUCAAUGCAGGCCAGGGGAUGACAUUCAAGAAAAGGACUUGGGGACAACGGAGACAGCCACCUGGGAGAAUAGCGUUCCAGACCAGGGAACAGCCUAUGCAAAGGUUCAUUUUUACACUUGGAAGGUCUAUCUCCUGUCCUGGUUACAAAGUUACUUAAUUGACUAAGGGUCUGGAAGAAGAGGAAGAAGAGCAUAUAGAUGAAGUUAAAGAAAAAGCAGAGCUGACCCUAAGAAUGCAGUUUCCCAGUCUCAAAAAGACAUAUGCACCCCUAUGUUUAUUGCAGCACUAUUUACAAUAGCUAAGAAAUGGAAGCACCCUAAGUGGCCCUCAGUAGAUGAAUGGCUAAAGAACAUGUGGUACAUAUACACAAUGGAAUAUUAUCCAGCCAUGAGAAGAAAACAAAUCCUACCAUUUGCAACAACAUGGAUGGAGCUAGAGGGUAUUAUGCUCAGUGAAAUAAGCCAGGCGGAAAAAGACAAGCACCAAAUGAUUUCACUCAUCUGUGAAACAUAAGAACAAAGCAAAAACUGAAGGAACGAAACAGCAGCAGACUCACAGAACCCAAGGAUGGACUAACAGUUGCCAAAGGGAAAGGGACUGGUGUGUGUGUGUGUGUGUGUGAAGGGGAAUAAGGGGCAUUACAAUCAGCACACAUAAUGUAGGGAGGGGACACGGGGAAGGCAGUACAACACUGAGAAGACAAGCAGUGAAACUCUAUAGCAUGUUACUACACUGAUGGACAGUGACUGUAAUGGGGUAUGUGGUGAGGACCUGAUAAUGGGGGGAAUCUAGUAACCACAAUGUUGCUUGUGAUUGUAUAUUAAUGAUACCAAAAUAAAAAUAAGAAAAUAAGAAAAAGAA